GAGAUUACAACCUCUGAACUAAAGAGGUACACUAUUGCAUGCCCUCUGAAUUUUACUGCAGAUAUGAAAGGCAACGAUGGUAUUCUGUAACGGAGGUGCAGUGGGCCAUUGGCUAGUUGGGCAACUAUCUUACAUAAUACUGAAAAUAUCAGAUUAGAUGUUGAAGUAGCUUCUGCCUCUGCCCUCUUUCUGAUUCUGGAAUCAGCUAAAGCAAUAGCAAAUCCCACUGUAGAUUUUGGAGCUGGUAAAAGGCCUUUGAAUCAUGCCAACCUCUGUGAUAUCAUUUUAUCAACCCAAAUUUGGGCAGAUUCAUUGCCCAUUCUUUUCCAACAUGUCCAUCCCAAGACACCGAACCCCGCAUAAAGGCAAAGCUGCCGCUGCCAGAUGUUGUCAACGAAGGAUGGACGCUAAACCGGGAGAACAUGACAAGAAUUACUACACGUUGCUUGGAGUUUCAAUUGAUUCAACUUCUCAACAAAUCAAAGAAGCUUAUUGGAAACUCCAAAAGAAAUAUCAUCCUGAUAUUGCAGGUCAAAAGGGUCAUGAUCGUGCCCUGUUGAUGAAUGAGGCCUAUAAGGUUCUCAUGAGUAGGGAUAUGAGGAGACAGUAUAAUGCUUCUAUUGGGUGGUUUCAGAAUUCAUUCGGAAAAGACGCAUCUGGUGUCGAUUAUAGUGUGUGGAAUGGUCCCUUGAGACCCCAAGCACUGUUUGUUGACCAGAAUGCCUGUAUAGGUUGCAGAGAAUGCGUCUACCAUGCUAGAAACACGUUCACUAUGGAUGAAUCUCUGGGAUGUGCACGUGUUAAAGUUCAAUAUGGAGAUGAUGAAACAGAAAUUCAGGUCUCAGUUGACUUGUGUCCUGUGAACUGUAUCUACUGGGUAGAUGCAGAAGAAUUGCAAGUGCUUGAGUACCUAAUUCAACCUCAUCCUAAGAAAGGAUAUGGUAUAUAUGGCCAAGGAUGGGAGAGACCUACCAACGUUUUCAUGGCUGCAGAAGCCUUCAAGAAGCAGCUAAAGCAGCAGGCAGCAAACCGCCAAAAAUAAGGUAAGCUGAUCGACCAGCUUAAUGAUAAAGACCCAAAAAUUAUUAAGAAUUAGGACCUGGGCAAAGAGUAAUCCUCCUAUUAGUUAGUAAAGCAGAAGACUCAGCAUUUCACAGGUAUCAAUGCUAUCGAGGAAUUGAACAAUUAUGACGUAGCUACACUUACAAGUACAAGACAAAAUUCACUUGUUCAGAUGAAAGUUGAGGUACUUUUAUCACUUGAUAAGAUAGACUUGCACAAUGUUGUACAGAAAAAUAAUCCAACAAAUACAAUUUUUCUA